AUGUCCAGGGCUUGGUCACCCGAUUGUUGCAAAAACUGCUCCUACGCCGGUUGUGCGUGUGGCGACAAGAGCAAGUGGAGCGACUCCUCGCUGUUGGGAAAGCGACUCUCGGAUGACUCGAGCCGCCACCAGUUGCUGCAGAAGUGGGCGAGCAUGUGGAGCGCCGUGAGCGGGGACGCGUCGGUGGCGGGCGCCGACGGGACCCAGCGCGAGGAGGCGGCGGAGCCCGCGCGAGAGGAGGAGAUGCCGCUGGUGUUCCUGUGCUCAGGCUGCCGGCGACCGCUGGGUGACUCGCUGAGCUGGGUGAUGAGCCAGGAGGACACCAACUGCAUCCUGCUGCGCAGUGUUUCCUGUAAUGUUUCUGUGGAUAAGGAACAGAUCCUAUCCAAACGCAAAAAUGAAAAUGGUUGCAUUCUGCAAACGUUGUACUGCGCUGGGUGCUCACUCAACCUUGGCUUCGUGUACAAAUGCACCCCCAAGGGUCUAGACUACAAGAGGGACUUGUUCUGCCUCAGUGUUGAAGCCAUCGAAAGUUAUGUCUUAGGGUCCUCUGAAAAGCAAAUUGUGUCAGAAGAGAAAGAGCUUUUUAAUCUUGAAAGCAGAGUUGAAACAGAAAAAUCUCUAAAACAGAUGGAAGAUGUUCUGAAGGCAUUACAGACGAAGCUGUGGGAAAUUGAAUCGAAAAUCUCCUUCACUACUUGCAAGAGCUGAAUAUCUGUUCCAAAUUCCCCAUUUUGAAUGCCCCAGCCAGUGGAAAAUACUUUCAUCUCUACCUGUUCUUGUUUCAUUUCACUUCAUUUAGAACUGAAGACAUUCUAAAUGGCCGUUCGCUGUAUUCUCACAAUGGUCUGAGAAAGAGCAUGCCAAAUUUUUUGCAGCUCCAUUUGCUGGCAUAGAGAUGAUUAUUGGCCAAAUUCAAAUUUAAGAGUAAUUUUCU